AUGGCUAAAUAUGUCGAUAGCAUUCUUCAUGACUAUGCUUUGACAUUUGGCAAACAAGAAUCAGAAUCCAAUAAUACAAGCACAGAUAUUCCUAAGCGAAUUCAAGAUAGUCAAGUAAUGCCUUCAAAUGAAUCUAAAUUCGGAACAUUACCACCAAAAGAAGCUAUGAAUAUUGUUGAGAACUUAAAAAAUGAACAUGUAAAAGAUUUACAAAGAAUAACAGACAUUACCACAGAAAAUGCACAACUUAAAGCGAAAAUAGAUGCUUACGAAGCAAUAAAUAGGCAUGUUGAUAACUUAUCAAAUACGAUUGAUGAAUUAACGCAAAAAUAUAUUCAAACAAUGCAAAUUCGAACUCAACAAGCUGCUUUAAUUAAAAAGCUUAGUAUGGAAAUUGAUGAUCUAAAGGCAUUAUUACCCCAAGAGCAAACAUACGGGCGAUUUUGA